AUGUUUGGCCUCAUAGCUGACCUGAUUUCCUCCGUCACCACAAUCCUGUUGCCUGCGUACCUCUCCUACAAAGCCCUCCGCACCAACGAUCCCGCUCAAACCCACCCGUGGCUCAUUUACUUUACCAUCCUCUCACUGACCCUUCUCGCCGAAUCAUGGACCUUUUUUAUUCUGGGUUGGGUGCCAUUCUACAGCUGGUUCCGCCUCAUGUUCAUGCUCUACUUGGUCCUUCCACAGACUCAGGGUGCGAAGAUCCUGUACUUGGACUACCUCGAACCCUACAUCGUCGGACAUGAGACAAGAAUCGACGAAUUCAUAGGCCAAGCCCAUGCCCGCCUGCAGCAACUGGGACUGGGUUACAUCAACACCAUUGUCGAAUACUUGCGGGAGAAGGUCCUGGGCCAGAAGAGUCCUCAACCACUGCAGCCCCAGAAUGCAAACUAUGCCAGCUAUGCGCAGGACCUGCUAUCCCGCUUCACCAUGCCAGGAGCACGGACAACUGCCCCUACCCAGCCAGGCAUUACUUCUGCAGGCGUUUAUGGCAUGGUCUCCAACCUGGCUGGUGCCGCUUUCUCCUCCUCACAGACCACAUUGACCUCCUCUUCACGCUCCGCGGCUGCAGAAGCAUCUCAAAUCCCUGCCUCUCUUGCCCGUGACAUCCCAGGUGGCUCCUCCGCCGAAAAGACCAGUUACAUCCAGUCUCAGCGCGAUCGUCUGACUUCCCUCCUUCGAGCACUAGACACCGAGCAGCAAACCCUGGACCUGGCUUACGGUGCUGCUCCUGGUCACCGCUCUCUCCCAAGCUCUGGCGGUGGUUUGACGACAAAAUCACGCAGCGAGCAGUCUUUCGAAAACGUCGACUAUGAUGACGCAACACACACCCCGGGCACCAGCUCCAGCUAUGGCUCCACCCCUCCGAGGCCUGUCACGGACGCCCGCAGGACCACGAGUGGCAAUUGGAUCCCUUCCGGCGUCUCCGGAUGGUUUGCUGGCGGCGACGGUCCCGGGGCCGGCCCCGCAAACACCGCAGAGAGAGAUGACGAUCGAAGCGAUCGAAACAGAAACUCAAAAGGCUGGCAAAUGGCUCGAGAUAUCACAGAGGACAUUGCCCGGGGAAUGAGCAGUGGUGUGGACCCUCGGAGAUAG